CUGGCCAUCCUGGAGUGUUGUCUACUGGUCUUAACCCAUUUCAUUUUCUUCUAGUCCUGUCCACAUUCUCACUCUUGGGUUCAGACCCCCGAGGCCACGUGCGGGCACCGCUCAGAGCCUCUGUGAAGAGACCUGCGCAUGGAGAACUCACAGGGAAAUGGGCCCGAAGCAAACAGCUGGAGAUGAUGGUGAAAGCUGUGUUGAUGCACCCCUGUUUUGUAAGAACUACUACGUCUCUGCUUUCCUGUCUGCCCCUCGCCUCAGUUUCUGGGUCAUCUGGGCCCCCAGGCAAUCGGGUGGUGACGUCGGAAUAUUCAGCCCUUUGCCAAGGUCCAUUUUCCAUCCACGAAUGGCCAGGAUGGGAAAUUUUCUGCCGCCGUUGGGACCCGGCAGGGUAACGUUUAUGGGUAAUCAUCGGGUGAACGCAGAAGACGUCACAGCCCCUUGGUGGUUUGAUCCGCUCCUCAGCCCUGGGGUGGAAUAGCGUCCCCUUGAGUGAGGGUGGCUGUAGGUGAGUGGCGCUAUUGUACACUUCCAAGGGCUUUUGCACACUCAACCCUUUCCCCCGGGCCACUGGGUAGUAAUGCCAAGUCCAGGGGAAACCGAGGCAUGAAACAGCUUCAUAAAAAUAUGCAGAACAUGGCCACUUCAUCACAGCCCCUUCUUCCAGUGUGGGAAGCAUCUAAGCUCUGGCAGCACCAUUAGCGGUGCUGUUAUAACAGCUGUAGCCUGGACAGGGCCCGGGAAGGAUUUGGAAAUCGGGAAGCUGGACGUUGGUAGUGGGUACCAAGAUGAGUUUCUCCCCCGACCCCAGCUCUCUUUUCAGGGAUGCCUCUGACCUGUUUCUAUUGCAAAUCUGGAGAAAGCUGUUUCCACAACCUCCCCCAGAUCUGCUCCUCUCCCCAGGACGCCUGCAUCAUCGUUCAAGAACACAACACGCUCGGCGCGGAGAAUUCGGGCACGUACCAGUCCUGCGCCGACUCCCGCCAGAGUCUCACGGGCUUCCUGGCUUUUUACUUCGGGGCCAAGGUGGCCGUGGAGAUCCGGUCGGAGAUUUGCAAGAGCGGUGACUGCAGUGCCGAGUCCACGCCCUCCAGGCGGGCUAUCAGCAACGUCCCCAACGGGCUGCAGUGCCCGGCCUGCUACGCCCCGGGCUUCGAGAGCUGCGAGAGCGACGGGAACCUGCGCUGCACGGGAGGUGCUGACCAAUGUGCUGUCGUCGUCGGGACGCUGGUGCAAGGUGCGGUUGCGAUCCCGUUUGCAGGCCGGGGCUGCGCUACCCGGGCGGCCUGCGGCAUCAAGACGCUGGAAUCGGGGGUGUUCACCUACAAACUGACCAAUGUCCAAUGCAGCCCAGCGCCCAAAGCGCAGACCAGCAGCGCCACCCGGACUCUGGCCUGGGGUCCCUUCACCCUGGGCAGCAUCGUCCCCCGGGUCCCCCUUUUCCUCCCUGCCCUUCUGGGGCUAUGCCUCUGCUAAUGCCCCAUCUGCAUGACUGGCCGCCCCACAGGCCAUUAGUGUCUCAGUAUAACCAAUGCGCUCUGCCUUUCUCCGUGCCUGACUGUGCCUCAGUUUCCCCCUCUUUGUAAGGGGGAUAACAAUGGUGAGCUGCCCUUGCAAAGGUCUUUGGGAUCCCUGGAUGGGCAGGGGCUUGAAACAGAGUCCGAUACAGCCAAGAGGAGACUCUCUGCUAAUUCCGUUGGGUUUGGAGCAAAGUGCUGGGUAUUAUUAAUAUCCCCUCACAGCUUCUCCUCCAGCCUUUCAAAGAUCCCUGCGAGGGAACAGACCCUGGACUCCUGACUUGCAGCCCCCCAGCUCUAACCACUAGACCCCACUCGCCUCCCAGAGCUGGGGAUAGAACCCAGAAGUCCUGGCUCCCAGCUCCCCGGAGACUCCAGAAAUGGUACGAGUCCCCCUGUGCAUUUCAAACUGCUCUGAAUAAAGCAUGAUCAGAGAUGGAAUCGCCCAGGAGCGUCCCUGCAUGUGCGUGAGUUUGUGUGUACCAGCGCUGACCGUGUCUGCUCCGCUUUCAUGUGUCUCUGCCAAACACCAGUGCUUCAGGGAGCAACUCUGCCUCCAGAACGGACUCCAAUCAGAGGCUGC